AUGGCCCCCGACAUCCCCCUCCAGGAAGUUUCGCGCGCGAAGAAGGCGGAGCGCGAGGAGCGCCUCGCCAGGCGUCCGGAAUGGCGUCUGCGGGCCCAAGUUCCCCCGAGCCUCACGGACGUCUCUGCGCUCCCGACUUCGCAGCUCACGCCCCGCGAAAACGAGAUCGUGCACUUGGAUGCGACCGCGCUCGCGGAGGCGAUCCGCGCCCGCCGCUAUACAGCCGUCGAAGUCCUUGAAGCGUUCUGCCAUGUCGCGACGAUCGCGCAGGAUCUGACGAACUGUCUGACGGAAGUGCUCUUCGAGGAGGGUCUCCGGCGGGCACGGGAACUCGAUCGUCAUCUCGCGGAGACGGGCCAGGUCGUCGGGAGCAUGCAUGGAGUGCCGGUGUCGAUCAAGGACCAUAUCCUCGUGAAGGGGCACGAUACAGCGACGGGGUACGCCGCUUGGGCUUUCCGGACAGUCGCAGCGAAGGACGCCGUCGUCGUGGACGUGCUGCGAAAGGCCGGGGCUGUCAUCUACGUAAAGACCGCGAACCCGCAAACCUUACUAUCGCUCGAGACAAACAACAACAUCUACGGGAGGACCCUGAACCCGCACAACCGCGCGCUCACGCCCGGAGGCAGCAGCGGCGGCGAGAGUGCCCUGAUUGCGGUGCACGGCAGCCCGCUGGGGGUCGGGACAGACAUCGGUGGUUCGAUUCGUAUUCCUGCGGCGUACAUGGGUCUGUACGGCCUCAAGGGCUCCGUGGGCCGCAUGCCGCACGCAGGCCUCAUGGGCUCCCACGACGGGAUGGACGCCAUCGUGGGGGCGCUCGGGCCGCUCGCCACCUCUGCGCGCGACCUCGCCCUCUUUGCGCGCGUCAUGCUCGAGCACGAGCCGUGGCUGGUGGAGCCGCCGCUGCUCGAGAUCCCCUGGAAGCAGGACGUCGCUGAGGGGCGCACAGGCGUGCCGCAGAAGCUCACCGUCGCCAUUCUCUGGGAUGACGGCGUGGUGGCGCCACACCCGCCCAUCCGCGCCGCCCUCGCGCGCGCGCGCGACGCGCUGCUCGCGGCGGGCCACGACGUUAUCGACUGGGAACCCGUCGACCACCAAGUGGCCUGGGAUCUCAUCCUUAAACUGUACUUCCUCGACGGCGGUGCGGAGUACCGCGAGGUGCUCGCACAGGACCCGCCCGUGCCGCAGACGCAAUGGAUCAUGGACCAGGUGCCGAACGGCGGGCGGCCAUACGGCAUUGACGAGGUGUUCAAGAUCAACCUCGAGCGCGAGGCGUUCCGCGCAAAGGUGCUUGCGCACUGGCAUGCCCACACCACACGCACGAAAUCGGGCCGGACUGUGGACACGGUGCUCAGUCCGGUCGCAGCAACGCUCGCGCCACGCCACGACGCGACGCGCUGGUGGGGGUACACGUCGUACUGGAACCUGAUGGACUACCCUGCGGUCGUGUUUCCCGUCGGCCGCUUUCGCGCGGCGGGGCACGCGGCGGCGGCCGACGCGGGAGCUGUCGACGAGCCGCGCAAUGAGACGGAGCGCGUGGUCAGGGCGGAAUGGGACCCGGCGACGUACGAUGGCAUCCCUGUCAGCCUGCAGCUCGUUGGAAAGCGGUUGAACGAGGAACGACUUUUGGGGAUGCUGGGCAGGGUGGAGGACGCGCUUGCUCGCUUCCCGGGCGAGGGUGCUCAUUAACGACGGCACGAUGCGCAAUAUUUACUGUCUCAAUGUCGGAAUGGAAUGCGUACGCGAACAACGGCGGGCGGCAGUGCACACGGUUGGUCAUUUAGGAGCAUGUUUGGGCUAGCACGACUGUGGGAACGAGUUUGUAGGAACAGGUGAAUAGAUCUGUCGUGGCAAGUGAUUACAACACC